UCAAGUAAAAUGUCUCUGAGAACCAUUCAAAAAAGCAUACAGUCAUUUGGCAACAUCAAAAAAAUCACCUCGUCCAUGAAACUUGUGUCGGCUGCCAAACUGGCAAAGACCGAGCGUCUCCUGAAAGACGUACGUCCAUUUGGUCAUGGCACGCUAUCAUUUUAUAAGCAGUAUACACAUAUUAAUAUGCUGGAUCACAUUGAAAAUCAUCUCAUAUUUGCCAUUACGUCAGAUCGAGGUCUGUGUGGUGGUAUACAUACGGCUGUUGUGAACAAAGUUAAACAAGAACUAAACAGGCCUGAUCAGAAAUUUGCAAAAGUCGUGUGUAUAGGACAAAAAUCAGAAGAACUUUUAACUAAAUCGCAUAAAUCUAAUAUUUUAUUUACAGUUUCUAAGAUAGGAAAAGAUAAUCCCACAUUUCUAGAAGUUUCAAAAAUAUUCAAUGAAUGUAAUUACUCCGAAUUUAUUGCUUGUCAAAUAUUUUACAACCGGGUUGUUACUAAAGGCACAUCACAAGUUGAUUGGAUUUCCAUUUAUAACACAGAUUUCCUUCUUACGGUUGCUCAUAUUGCUAGCUUAGACGAAAUAGAUGAAGAAAGUAUGAGAAGUUACAUUGAAUUUUCUACUGUUUCGCUUUUGUUUUUUGCCAUGGUAGAAAACACCUUGUGUGAACAUUCUGCUCGUAUGAUAGCUAUGGAUUCUGCAUCUAAAAAUGUUAAAUCGCUGAAUGAAAAAUUAUCCUUGGAGUAUAACCGCAAAAGACAAUUUAAAAUUACAUCAGAUCUUAUUGAUAUUGUUUCUGGAAGUCAAGUUAUAACUGGAAAAUAG